AUGGCUACCGGAGAACUACCAACAUGGGAUGGUCAGUGUGCUGCAUCACAUUUAAAAAUUGUCCUUCUGGGCGGCAGAAACUCUGGAAAGAGUUGUUUGGGGAAUGCUAUCCUGGGCAAAGAGGAGUUCGUCACCAAGGAAAGGACCACGUGCUCGCGGAGGCUGGGUGUGGUGGCUGGCCGCUGGGUCAUGGUGGUGGACACACCCGGCUGGUGGUGCGACUUCAGCACCCAGGACACGUGUGAGCUGAUUAAAAGGGAGAUCGUGGGGAGUGUCUCUCUGUGCUUACCUGGCCCACACGUUUUCCUGAUUGUGGUUAAGGCGAGCUCGUUUUUCUCCGGGAAGCGUCGCAGAGCCGUGGAGGAGCACCUGGGCCUGCUGGGUGACAGGGUGUGGGCUCACUGCACUGUUGUCUUCACCUCUGCUGAUCAAACUGGACACACAGGAGUGGAGGAGCUUGUAAAGAGAGACGGGAAGCCCCAGCAGUGGCUCACUGAGAGGUGCCAGCAGAGGUGUCACAGUGUGAGCUUUCAGAGCAAUACAGUCGGUGCUCAAAUCACAGAGGUGCUGGUGGGGAUACAGAAACUUGUCAGAGCAAAUGGAAACAGACAUUUUGAGAUGCAGGAAAGCAUUUUACAGGGAAUUGCAGAGAAAAAGAGAGCAGUGGAGGAAAGGGUGCAGCAGAGGUUUAUGAAGAUGAAAAAACAGAGAUCACUCCUGCAAGAGAAUUUGAACCACCUCUCUGAUAUCAGGAUUGUGCUGGUUGGAGCCAGGGGCUCUGGGAGGAGCUCAGCAGUGAACACAAUCUUAGGCAGAGGGAGGUAUCUGGGAUUCAGGAGAACAACCCAGUGUGAGAUUGGAAAAGGAUCUGUGUUUGGGAGACAUGUCACUGUCGUGGACACGCCAGGCUGGUGGAUGAACUACUUCAGUAAAGAGACUCCCAUCUUCGACCAGAGGGAGAUAGAGUUCAGUCUAUCUCUCUGUCCCCCGGGGCCUCAUGUUGUGCUGCUGGUCAUUCGUGUGGACAGAGCCUUCACUGAAACCUACAGGAGAGCCGUGCAGGAGCACCUAGAGCUGAUUGGUGAACAAAUCUGGCCUUAUGUCAUGGUUCUCUUUAAUUUCGGCGACUGGCUGGGAGACACAACUAUUGAACAAUACAUUGAAAGCGAGGGAGAGCCUCUGCAGUGGCUUGUUGAGAAAUGCAGCAACAGGUAUCAUGUUCUUAACAAUAAAACUAGAGGGGAUGGAUUUCAGGUCACAGAACUGAUGGGGAAAAUAGAGGAAAUGGUGGCUGGCAAAAGUGGCCGGCAUUAUGAAAUUAAUGAGAGAGUAAUGCGAAGGCUGGAGGAGAGGAUGAGGGCAGAGAAGGACAGAGCUGAGCAGAGGCUGAUGAUGAAGGAGAAACAAAGACAGAUGGCGAGGUCUCAGCUGGACAAGCUCAGCCCUCUCACAGAGCUGAGAAUAGUGCUAGUGGGUGGCAGAAACACAGGGAAGAGCUCAUGUGGAAACACCAUUCUGGGCAGAGAGUGGUGCGACGCAGAAAGCCAAACCACUUCUUGUGCAGAGGAACGGGGCCAAAUCAGCGGCAAGACGGUGACGGUGCUAGACACACCAGGCUGCCUGUCUCUGAACUCUGACCUCCUGAUGUCUCCUUCAGCUUGUGGAUGCACUGCUGUCCUUCUGGUUGUCAAUGUGAGCUCCUCAUUCACGCACACUCACAGGGAAGCCAUGGAGAGGCAGCUGCAGAUGUUAGGAGACAAAGUGUGGAGCCGUGUUUUGGUCCUGUUCAGCCAUGGCGAUUGGCUGGGCGACACAAGCAUAGAGCAGCGCAUUGAGAGUGAGGGAAGCCCACUGCAGAGGCUUGUUGAGAGGUGUGGGAACAGAUACCACGUCCUGGACAAUAAAAACUGGGGCGAUGGAGCCCAAGUUAAUGAGCUACUGGACCAGUUAGAGGAGAUGCUUGUGGAAGAGAGGCUGGCUGUGCUCCAGAGAGGCGAUCAGAUGGGGAAGAGGAUUACUUUACCACACGAGCUGCGGCUGGAUGGAGCCACACAACAGAAGGAGGAUUUAAGGGUGUUCACAAGACACUCAGAUCAGCUCCCCCAUGAAUUGAGUGAAGAAGCCAGUUCAGCUGAUCUUCCCUGGCUGGACCGUUCAGGAGGUCCAGAGGAGGAGGUCAGGGGUCGUAUGGUGGCACUACCAGGAGCAGCAAGAAGGAGGACUGCGUCAGGCCUCACCAUCCUGGGCACAGACGGAGACUGCUUCACAUCCAGCAUAGCCUUUUUGCUCUCUAAUACUGAGGAACUGAGCUGGGCUCCUGAAGGCAGAGGGACGGUAAUGGUUAAUUUCCCUGAUUGGUUCCCUAUUGGUGAACCUCACAGCCACAUGAGACCAAAGGGUAAACGCCAGUUCUGUCCCUCCUCACCCAGACCUCAAGCAGUGGUCUUGGUUUUCCCUCAAAAACAACAACAGAUGCUGGUAGACAAAAAUGAAGGCGUCAUCACUGUGCAAUCCCUCUGCCAGCCCGCACUGAGAGAGCGGUCUCUUAGGAAGCUCACCGAGUCAGGAGGCCUGCAGGCGCUGAUCGACCAGUGGGGCGACAGCAACCUAGAGGAACUGGAAGCCUUCAUUGACUCCUACUUUGAGAUGGUGUGGGAGCAAGCCAUGGGUUCAUCUCAGACAGCUGAACCCGACUGUCCCUCUGGUAAUGACCCGCAGGAGGAAGUUGUUGUAGGUGAGCCUGGACAAGAUGCACUGUUAUCCAUUGACAGGAAGCUCUCUAAGCUGUACCUGCUCGAGGGGAUCCAGAGGGAUCUAGCAGAGCUAAAGCAGAGUCUGGAGCGCAGCUGGAGGGCCAUACAGGAACUCCGAGACAAAAGCAAAAGGCAACAAGACCCAAAUAAUGCAUGCUGAUACUUGAGAAUUGAGAGUGGAUUGAAAUAAUUGGAAAGCAUCUUUAUUUAAAUGUCGUUGUUUCUCAGUGCAAACAUAAAAUAUGUGCCUUUUCCUCUACUUCUAUGUCAGGAAUGAGUCAAAUAUGUCAUUCUUUAGGUCUAGCCUACAUUUUUGUUACAAUAUUUCUCCACAAGGGGGAACUCUUGGAUAACAUGCAGUUAUGC